AUGUCCAAGAAGCAACAGGCAGCUGAAGUUUUUGUCAAAUUACUCAUCGGUGCUGGCAAGGCUGCACCCACCCCUCCUGUUGGUCCAGCACUUGGUGCCCGUGGUGUGAAAUCAAUAGAUUUUUGUAAGCAAUUUAAUGACAGAACCAAGCACAUUGUGACCGAUACACCAUUACCUACUGUGAUCACCAUCAAACCUGAUCGUACAUUCAACUUUGUUGUCAAAACACCACCUACGACAUAUUUAUUAAAGAAAGCAGCAGGUAUUACAAAGGGAGCACAUACACCAGGCACAGAAACAGUUGGAAAAGUUACUUUGAAACAUAUUUAUGAAAUUGCUAAAAUUAAGCAAACAGACGAAAAUAUGAAGCAUUUGUCAUUGCAAAGUAUCGCAAGCAGUAUAAUUGGAGUAGCAAAGAGCGUUGGAAUUCAAGUUGUUCAUUAG